AUGUCUUUUGCAAAUAGAAUUGGUAAUCUCUUGAAGAAAUCUAUAACUUCCGAUCCAUUAUUUCAAGCAGUAAGGUGGAUGUCAUCCUCAAAAAUUUUUGUUGGAGGACUUUCAUAUGUCACAGAUGAUCAAAGUAUGAGAAAAAUAUUUACUAAUUUUGGUGAAGUGGUGAAAGCUCGAGUUAUCAUGGAUAGGGAAACUAUACGGUCUAGGGGGUUUGGAUUUGUGACAUUUACCUCUAGUGAAGAAGCCUCUGCUACCAUUAGUGGCAUGGAUGGAAAGGAUGUUCAUGGUCAGAUGAUUAGAGUUAAUUAUGCUACUGAUCGAACGGGUGGAUUUCGUGGUGGUGGUGGUGGUUAUGGAGGCAGCUAUGGUAGUGGUGGCUAUGGUGGCGGGGGUGAUUCUUCUGGAGGUGACUAUGGUAGUUAUGGUGGUGCUACUCUUACCGAACAGAUUUAG